CUCUCUCUCUCUCUCUUCGUUACUUCUCUAACAACGUAUUGGAUUAUCUUCUCCGGCAAAGGAAACAGCUUUUUUUUCGUGGUGAAGAUUAAAAGGAUGAUUGUUCUGUUUUGGAAUCGUUGAGUGAUGUUGUUAGAUCCGCACAAUCUUCUCUCUGAUCGUUUCUCAUCAAAUACAUGGUUCCACAGGCGCAAAAAAUGCCGUCGUCUCUUGGUUUGAUGAUACCUUUCCCUUUCCGUUCUCAGCGAAUCUAAUCUCUUUUUAUUUCUUUCCCUUUUUAGAAAGUUUUGGUCUUUCCUAAUCCUGGAGACGCCUUACAGUCUCCGAUUGUAAAUAGAAAUCGAAAGUUCGUUUCUUUUUUUUUUGUUUAAAAACUGGCGAAGAUGAAUCUUAGUACGGCCGAGGAAGAAUCGGCGCAAGAGAUUCACAUCCCUGCAGAUAUAAACUGGGAGAUGCUUGACAAAUCCAAGUUCUUUAUCUUAGGAGCAGCUCUGUUCUCAGGUGUCUCUGGAGCUCUUUACCCUGCCGUGUUGAUGAAGACUCGUCAACAAGUCUGUCACCACUCUCAAGGCUCUUGUCUUAGAGGUGCGUUUACUUUAGUGAGACACGAAGGUUUGAGAGGGUUGUAUAGAGGGUUUGGUACUUCUUUGAUGGGAACCAUCCCUGCUAGGGCUUUAUACAUGACGGCUUUGGAAGUUACCAAGAGUAGUGUAGGCUCUGCUGCUGUUGGGUUAGGUUUUACUGAAGGUAAAGCCUCUGCUGCUGCUAAUGCCGUUGGUGGGUUAACGGCUGCGAUGGCUGCUCAGCUUGUUUGGACACCUGUUGAUGUUGUGAGCCAGAGGCUUAUGGUGCAAGGAAGCAGCGGGGUUAGGUGUUGUGAUUAUGUUAACGGGUUUGAUGCGUUUAAGAAGAUUGUGAGAGCUGAUGGAGUGAAGGGUUUAUACAGAGGGUUUGGGAUAUCGAUUCUGACGUAUGCGCCGUCUAAUGCGGUUUGGUGGGCGUCUUACUCUGUUGCGCAGAGGAUGGUUUGGGGUGGUGUUGGGUGUUAUGUUUGUAAGAAAGAUGGAGAGAAUGGGAAUAUGGUUAGACCGGACUCUAAGACGGUGAUGGCUGUUCAGGGAGUUAGUGCUGCUAUUGCUGGGAGUGUUUCUGCUUUGAUUACAAUGCCGUUGGAUACAAUCAAGACGAGGCUGCAGGUUCUUGAUGGGGAAGAUAGUAGUAGUAAGCGUGGACCGAGUAUUGGACAGACGGUGAGGAACUUGGUAAGGGAAGGUGGAUGGACAGCUUGUUAUAGAGGGUUGGGACCGAGAUGUGCUUCAAUGUCAAUGUCUGCGACAACUAUGAUCACUACCUACGAGUUCUUGAAACGGCUUUCGGCUAAGAACCAUGACGGGUUUUGCUCUAAAUCAUAGUGUUGAGGAAACCAACCACAUAGAAGAAGAAUCUUUGAUGGGAAAUGUUCUUUAUAUUUUCUUACUUAUCUUGUUCUUGUCUAGCUGUUCUGCUUUCUCUUUUGUUCCUAGUCAUAUUGUAAUGUUUCAGUUGUUUCUAAAUAAAGAAAUGUUUAUUCCCA